GAGACCGUGAUCCCCAGUGGCAAACGAGGUUCCGUUUCGCGCCCAAACAGUCGAGACACGAAGCGUUGAGCGUGGCUCGAUUACUGGUCUGUGAUUAACAUGGAAUCGAGCGCGAUGUUGCGUAAGAUUUCGGAGGGAAACACUAGCCGUUCCCUCGCGAAAAUGUCGGGCAAGGAAACCGCGCGCGGCAAGAUGCACGUCAUCAAGCGCAAUGGGCGCAAGGAGGAUGUUCAUUUUGAUAAAAUCACCUCGAGAAUUGCCAAACAAUGUUAUAAUUUAAAUAUGAAUUAUGUGGAUCCGUCUGCCGUUGCGAUUCAAGUGAUACGUGGCUUAUACUCUGGAGUAACCACAAUCGAAUUAGACAAUCUUGCAGCUGAAACUGCCGCUACUAUGGCAACUAAUCAUCCUGAUUACGCUAUAUUAGCAGCACGUAUCGAUGUGUCCAACCUGCACAAAGAGACUAAGAAGACCUUCAGCGAGGUGAUGCACGAUUUACAUUACGCCCGGGAUCCCGUGACGAACGAAGCCACUCCUGUAAUCAACGAGCAUUAUUACAAGAUUAUAAAGAACAAUGCGGAGAGAUUAGACUCCGCUAUAAUAUACGAUAGGGACUUCAACUACAAUUACAUCGGCUUCAAAACGCUCGAGAGGAGCUAUCUGCUCAAGAUCAACGGCAAGAUAGUGGAGAGACCUCAGCAUAUGCUGAUGAGAGUAGCUGUCGGCAUUCACGAAGAUGAUAUCGAUAAAGCUAUAGAAACGUACAAUUACUUGUCCGAACGGUACUUCACGCACGCCUCGCCGACGUUGUUCAACGCCUGUACUAAGAACCAACAGAUGUCUAGCUGUUUCCUCUUGACUCUCAAUGACGACACUAUAAAGGGUAUUUUCGGCACGUUAAAGAAAUGCGCGCUUAUCAGCAAAUACGCCGGUGGAAUAGGGAUCAACGUUCAUUGUAUUCGUGCCAAAGGCACGGACGAUAUGUACGAUACGGAUUCAACCAACGGACUGAUAUCCGUUCUGAAGUUGUACAACGACAUUGCUAUUUAUGUGGACCAAGGGGGAAAUAAGAGACCCGGAGCGUUCGCUGUUUAUUUGGAACCGUGGCACGCGGAUAUCUUUGAUUUUCUGGAACUCAAAAGGAACAUUGGGGACGGAAACCUGCGAGCCAGGGACCUGUUUUACGCUCUGUGGAUACCGGAUCUUUUCAUGGAACGUGUAUUUAACGAUGAGGUUUGGAGCUUAAUGUGCCCGUACGAGUCCCCCGGCUUGGCUGAUGUCUGGGGAGACGAAUUCAAAGAGUUAUAUACCAGGUACGAGAAAGAGGGUCGUUACAAGAAACAGGUGGAAGCCAGGGCUGUGUGGCUCGCCAUUCUCAGGUCGCAGGUGGAGACCGGGACGCCGUAUAUGCUCUACAAAGAUCACUGCAAUCGCAAAUCGAAUCAUCAACACCUGGGCACGAUCAAAUGCAGCAAUUUGUGCACCGAGGUUAUCGAGUACUCCAGCCCGGAGGAAGUCGCCGUGUGCAAUUUAGCAUCUAUCGCCGUUAACAUGUUCGUGAAUACCAACGACAAGACUUUCGACUUCGCCAAGUUGAAAACUGUCGCGAAGAUCAUCGCUCGUAAUUUGGAUAAAGUUAUCGACGUCAACUUCUAUCCCAUUCCCGAGACAAAACGGUCCAAUCAGAGACAUAGACCUAUCGGUAUCGGCAUACAAGGUCUGGCGGACGCGUUCCUGUUGAUGCGAUAUCCGUUCGAGAGCAAGGAGGCGAAGGAGCUCAACAUCAAGAUCUUCGAGACGCUUUAUUACGGCGCCUUGGAGGCCAGUUGCGAGUUGGCCGCGGAAAAGGGCACCUACGAGACAUACGAGGGUAGUCCGGUCAGCAAGGGCAUUUUGCAAUACGACAUGUGGAACGUUAAGCCGACGGAUUUGUGGGACUGGGAUGAAUUGAAGGCGAAAAUCGCGAAGCACGGGGUGAGAAAUUCCCUCUUGAUUGCGCCUAUGCCGACUGCGUCGACGGCGCAGAUCUUGGGAAACAACGAGUCCAUCGAGCCGUACACCAGCAAUAUCUACGUGAGACGCGUAUUGUCCGGGGAAUUCGUCAUCGUCAAUCCACAUCUGCUGCGAGACUUGACCACUCGAGGUUUGUGGGACAAAGAUAUGCAGAACGAGAUCCUCGCGAACUUCGGUUCUGUUCAAGAUAUCGAGCGUAUUCCCGAUGAUCUGAAGGAGCUCUACAAGACCGUUUGGGAGAUACCGCAGAGGAUAAUCCUCGAGAUGGCAGCCGAUCGAGGAGCUUUUAUCGACCAAUCGCAGUCGUUGAAUAUUCACAUAGCGGAUCCGACGACUGAGAAACUCACGUCGAUGCAUUUCUUCGGUUGGAAAAGCGGUUUGAAGACCGGCAUGUACUACUUGAGAACAAAACCGGCCGCGAAUCCGAUACAAUUUACAGUGGACAAGUCGAAAUUACGAAGUCGCGACUCCCUAUCCAGCUCUGCAUCCAUCUCCAGCCUUAACAGCUCUGUUCAGUCUCCCGACAGAAACACCGGCGACGUUGAGAAGCGAAAUCAAAUCAGUCAACAAGCGAGUAAAAACUUGGAGGCAAUACUCGCUUGUGCACGCGAGAAUAAGGACGCGUGUAUGGCUUGUAGCUCGUAAAUAUCUGUUGCUAUCUAUUAGCCUCGGUCUACGAUAGAGGUGUUUUGAGCAUUAAGAAAAUGACUGAUCACAGUCGAGCGUGAGGGAGAAUAAUAGACUGUGGUUGGUCAAUUUUCUAAGGCUUAGGGUUUCAAACACUUAUUGUAAACGGGAAUUUACUCUCAGACUUAAUUUUCUAUGAUAAAGCGUGUAAUAUAUACAGAAUUAAAAGCAGGUACACAGUAUCGGACAACUUGUAUACGCUACACAUAUAUCUGUUAUUGUCAGUAAAAUAGCAUAAUUCUAGUAGUAAUGUUAAAACGUAAAUUUAUACAUUAUAAAUUUAUCAUAUUACGUAAGCCUUAAAUAUCGUGUUUAAGACAUAAGUCUGAUUUUAGAAAGAUUACAUGUAAAAUGUAAAACGAGUUAUACACGUUGAUACAUCUUACAAACUUGCUGUGGCAGGCAUUCUUUGCACGGUGGGGUUUGAGGAUAUUGUGCUAUUUACAGAAUAAUAAUGAAACAUCUAUCAGCACCUUGUGUGAUCACGCUACACGUAAAAAAAUGCCAAAAAUAUUUUCCUACUCUCUUUUGUAAAUUAUAUGAAUUGAAAAAUCUUUUCUUUAUACAACGUUUGAUUUUUGCGCUAUAUUACAUUGUCGGUAAAAUUUUCCGAUAAAUAUGUGCGCGUAUAUAUUAAUAGAUGUAAAUUAAUUGAAAUUAAAAUUUAUAGAAACUUGGAAAGUUGAAACAUUCAUUGUUCCUGUGACAUUCUUCGAAACCAAGCUCGAUUAAGCGAAAUCGAAUAUUAAUAGCUGUGUGCAUAAAAAUAUUCAACCGAGGAUACCAUCGCUUGAUUAUGGGAAAAAUAUUAUAUUUUACUUAUUUUUCCAUAAAUAUAUAUAAUUCAAGAAGUACAUUUUUAUAACUUGAAGUCUCUAUUUUGUAUGAAUAUAAAGUUUGUCAAAUACUGAAAAUUGUUAUGAAGUAGAGUUCAAUUUGACAAAAAAAUUCAUAUUCAAUAUCAUCUGGAGAUAAUACAGCUUUUGUCUAAAACUAGAUCUAAAGCCAAUCAAAAAGUUACCUACCCUGUUACAUCUAGGGCUGUAUGCCGAAACGUUCUUUUCAAGGAAAAUUUUACUCCGUGAUCUGCGAGCGAUGGGAGAGGAGCCAAUGGGAAACGCUCGUCGAGUUUUGCAACAGCAGUCGAGAAUAAAAUCUUCCUCGAAAACACUUUCAGUACUGCCAGUGAGUGUCGGAAUUCAGCCGGAAUGUCGUCGAAAACAGAUGUUCUAGAUUCGUCCAGAUGGAACUACACGUUGUGUCUAGAAAAAUUGUGCCGGCAAGUAGUGGCGCUCAUGUAACUCCUCUCUGUGCGCGACAAUUUCCUCGCGAACCGGACGAUUUCAACGAUCCCGUGGCAUCUCCCCGAAUAACGGCGACGUCGGACUUUUCACGCGGAACUAUCCACUUUUCCGCGCCUAGGGGGAGGCUGCUCGCGCGACCGCCGUCCGCCGGACGAUAAUGACAGCCCGUCGAAUGUCACUAGGCGGGAAACACGUGGCAUCACUGCACAGCUGCGGCACAGCGGAGAACGUCGACGACGUAGAACCAUAUUUAUUUUGGUUUGGAAGAGUUAGUCCGCGACGAACCGUGUGUACGCGCAUCGCCCGGCUGUGUCGAGUCACACCGAUUUCCCGGUGGUCCCGGUGUUCCCCAAGUACUUGCUUAUCGGAGAUCAAGAACUGAGAAAAAACAUGACCCAAGAGUCUCUUCAGGAGAAGUUUCAUUCUAGGCGGAAAUCAACGUGAACUAGCACGAGCGAAGAACAU